AUGGAGGGGCCACCAAUAAUAUUUGGGGCCUCUACCAACCUAGAGGAGGAGACUGAUGACUACAUGACAAGGUUUAAAAGCAUUGUGAACCAGGAUAACAACGGGGAUGGCUCAAGCAAGACUAAAGAACCUUCCAUGAAUGCAGAGGUGAGAGGUGGGGAGUUUGUGAUGGCAAGAGCAGACCAAUUUGCAUCGGUGCUAGAUUCUUGUCGACUAGUUGACCUGGGAAUGGAGAGGUGGUCCCACCGUCCUUUCCGCUUUGUGGCAGCGUGGGUGGAGCAUCCUGGUUACGCGGCGGUUGUCACUAAUGCUUGGAGGAACCAAGAGGAAAAUAUCAACAGAAAGUUAGAUAGGGUUCGCGAGGAGUUCAUAACGUUCAACAGUGAUGCCGGGGAUGAUCUUCAAAAGUUAGUUAAUGAAGCCUUUCUCACGGGUACAGUGAAUGGAGAAAUUUUGGAGACAUUGGUGGUGCUUAUUCCAAAGAUUGGCAACCCUUCUACCGUUCGUGAGUUUCGCCCAAUAAGCUUAUGCAAUGUCACUUACAAGCUUAUCACGAAGGUCCUGGUGGGAAGGAUUAGACCUUUCCUUAAUAAUAUUAUUGGGCCGAUGCAAAAUAGUUUCUUACCAUGGCGUGGAACUAUGGAUAAUGCUUUUGUAGCCCAGGAGGUUGUGCACUAUAUGAGUAAAUCUAGCUCAAGGGUGGGGAGCCUGACCUUCAAAAUUGACUUGGAAAAAGCACACGAUAGUGUCUCUUGGAGUUUUUUCGAGGAGACCCUUGUGCUCUUUGGGUUUCCAGAGAAGAUAGUGGAGUUGAUCAUGUGUUGUGUGAGCUCUUCUCAGAUAUGUAUCCUUUGGAACGUAGAUCGUCUUCCUACCUUUAAGCUUGGGCGUGGUUUGAGGAAAGGGGACUCAAUUUCCCCCUAUUUGUUUGUGCUAGUUAUGGAGAGGCUUUCUAUCCGGAUCCAUCAGUUGUUUGAUAGUGGAGCUUGGAACCCGAUUCAAGUUGCUCAUGGGGGUCCCCCAAUCUCGCAUCUCUUCUUUGCGGAUGUCGUUAUGUUGUUUUGCAAAGCUAAGAUAACCCAGGUUGAGUUGGUGGCGGAUGUGUCGAGGAGCUUCUGUGAGAGCUCGGGAUUGAAAAUUAACAUUGCAAAAUCUAAGGCUAUUACUUCUAAAGGGGUGCGACUUGAGGUUAGAGACCAGAUUCAAAGCAUUGCUCCAAUUCCCUUUGUGAGAGACUUAGGCAAGUACCUAGGGAUUCCUCUCAAGGGUAGGAGCCUGAAAAGCAAUGAUUUCAACUUUAUUCUUGAUAAUAUCCAAAAGCGCUUGUCAACCUGGAAAGCGAGUCUUCUGGAUGCCAAUGGGUCUCUUGGAGAGGCUGAAUCAAACUAUCAGGAGGCACGGGCAACCACCUCAGCGUCCCCAGCGUGGAGAGGGAUUUUGAAGGCUAGGGAUUGCCUCUGUGAUGGGUUUCGAUUUCGGCUGGGGAAUGGAAACUCCUCUCUUUGGUAUGUGGAUUGGAGUGGUGAGGGAAAGCUAGUUACGCGGGUUCCAUUCGUGAACAUUGCAGAUACUAAUGUGAAGCUUCGGAACCUGAUUCGUGGAAGAACUUGUUGUCUGGACCAGCUUUAUACUAUGCUUCCAGAUGAUGCAAAGGAGAGCCUGCUCGGGAUUGAGCCCAAAUUGGUGGACACGCGUGAAGAUGGUUGGGGGUAG